CCACCUUACCUCGCCACGCCCCUUGAAUUCUCACGCUGAGGCCGAGCAGUUAAUGUCUUAAUCAACCACAGCCAAUCAAAGAAUAGGCAGGCAGCAAAAGAGAGAGAUUCAGAUCCAUCCUCGCCUCCCUCUGUCCUUCGCCGGUUUCUUCUCCCAGAUCCACCCGGCGAUCUCUGUCGCCGCCAUCGCCACGAUCGGCGCCAGAAAACCCAGCCCAGUGGAAGAGGUGUUCGAGUAGGAGAAGGUCUGCGGCGGGCGACGCUGACAAGAUGUUCCUUUGGGACUGGUUCUACGGGGUGCUGGCCUCGCUCGGCCUGUGGCAGAAAGAGGCCAAGAUCCUCUUCCUCGGCCUCGACAACGCCGGCAAGACCACUCUCCUCCACAUGCUCAAGGACGAGCGGCUGGUGCAGCACCAGCCGACGCAGCACCCCACGUCGGAGGAGCUCAGCAUCGGCAAGAUCAAGUUCAAAGCCUUCGAUCUCGGCGGUCACCAGAUCGCUCGACGGGUCUGGAAAGACUACUACGCAAGGGUUGAUGCUGUAGUAUACUUGGUUGAUGCAUAUGACAAAGAGCGCUUUACUGAAUCGAAAAAGGAGCUUGAUGCUCUCCUUUCUGAUGAUUCCUUGGCAAAUGUCCCAUUUCUCAUCCUUGGCAAUAAGAUUGACAUCCCAUAUGCAGCCUCUGAAGAAGAGCUGCGAUAUCACCUAGGCCUUAGCAACUUCACAACUGGGAAGGGCAAGGUGAAUCUUGUUGACUCCAAUGUCCGGCCUCUUGAGGUGUUCAUGUGCAGUGUUGUCCGCAAGAUGGGCUAUGGUGAUGGGUUUAAGUGGGUCUCGCAGUACAUCAAGUAGGGCUCGUGUUGUUCUCAGACGUCAAAUUUUCUUGUCAUCGCUUGGCUGUCAGCUACAGCAAUGAUAUCAUGAUGGUAUCAGAGGGUAUGAAGAGAAGCAAUCUUAACAUUGGUUGCCGUGCUGAAUCUUCAAACCAUUUGUUAUUUUGAGCUCCUCCUAAAUUGUUUUGCUUUUCCAUAGGACUUCGCCAAGGACUUUGAUUAUGGAUUAUAAGAUUAUUUCUUAAAUGA